ACCAGUACACUCGAAUUAACUUCAGCCGGGAAUCGUAACAUUUAAAACAAAAUAACUUUCAAAAAGCAGUUAAAUCUUUAUCCAAGAAGUACUUUUCGGUAUUAUCAAUGAAGCAUCCGCGCUUGUACGUUGAAAAUUAUUGGAGAUGAAAAUAGACGUCGCGGUGCGAACGCGUAAUAUAUUUCAGUUUUACGUAUGAUGGCGCCGUGAGCGUCUCACGCUCCGGCCAUGGUGAGCCACAGAUGGACGUUCGCUCUUAUUUCAAUCGGAAUUCUUACACUAGUGUCAGUUAGUGCGUUCCGGGUGCGACUCGCCUAUGAAAGUAAGCCCGAUUCCAAAAAACAAUGCGAUACAUGUGAUGUGAAUGAUGUUAACCUUGGUCAAAAACAAAGUAAACUCAGUAGUAAGCGUAUGUUUGAAGAUUUAAAAAAACUAGUGAAAGAGAAAUUUAAAACAGAUUUGGAUAGUAAAUUAAUUGAUGGUAAAGAAAGUGACGAGGACGACGAUGAUUUUAGUACUUUAAAGAAAAACAUACUUAGUGAUGGUAAAAGUAAGUUGAGUACAAAAAUCAAAACACGAAUUGACGACGAUGACGAAGAUAAUGAUGAUGAAGACGAUGAAUAUGAUAGGAAAUCCGAUAAAUUUAGUACUAAAAAUGUUAAGAAAAAAACAGUGCAGAGUGAUAAUUUGAAUUUAGGUUCCAAGCAUAGUAAAAAUCUCAAAAGUGAGAAACAUUCUAUUGAUAAAGACGAUAACAACGAUGACAACGACAAAGACGAUAGUGAUGACGAUGUAAGCGUCAUGGACGAAAGUGAUGAUGAACUUCAAGACGAUAUCGAUGUAGCUGAUAAAAAAGAAAAAAUACAGGAAACAAAAAUUACUAAACCUAUACCAGAACCUAAAACUUCUCCAAUCAAGAAGCCUGUUGAUAAACAACCAGUAGAACUAAAACAGCCAAAAGUAAAAGUAGAUGAGAAAAUUUUAGAAAACUUGAAGGUUGUUAAGAACAAAGGUAUCAAAGAAGAAAAAGAAGAUGCGAAAAAAGGAGUUUCUAGGGAAGUACUAAAAGAACCAAAGACAAUUAUAAUAAGUAAAGAGAAAUCAUCGAAAACCGAGUCAGUUAAGGAAGAGUCAAAUGUAAAAUCAGAAGAUGGUCUAGAAAAAAUAAAAGUAAAAUCACAUAUAGAAGGUGGGAAACUUCAAAGUCACAUAAUUUCCAAAGAACCUCUUCCACAAUCUAAAACAGUUGACGAUGCUAAAGUCGAAAAAGUUCUUAAAAAAGAAUCUAAAGGCGACUCGAGACAAAUCCUUAAAGAAGAUGUUGCAAAGGAAAAAAAAGAAAAGAAGGAUAGUCAAAUAAAGCCGUUUACUGAUGCAUUGCAGAGAAAAAUUUUACUUCAAAGCGAAUUCGAGGAUUUUUAUGCAUUUUUUCCAACGUUUGCACCGAAUUUUUCACGCGUACAUAAUCCGGAGUGUCGGCGACAUGGACAAAUAUUGCUGAGGCAGUUACGUGGGACAAAACUUUGGGCUUUAAAUAUGCUCGAUGCAACAGCGAAAAUUCCCUCGGCGAUGCUCCAAGGUAAUGGAAUCCAGCUUGGCGACUUUGACCAGUGUUUGGAAAGCCGGGCUCGAGUGCAGUUGGAAACUGGGAGCAUCGUCAAAGUUCAGGGAAAAUAUUGCUUGGCAGUAAUGGAUGUUAAGGCUGAGCAUCCAACUUUAGAGGUCCCAGUGGACCUUUUGCAAGGCAGAAAUCUUAUUAAGAGCAGGGUCGAUGAUCCAGGUCACUUUGUACCAAGGUUCUCAACGUUGAGCUGGGGCUUAUGUGUUCCAUCACCGUGUAACGCUGAUGAUGCAGAAAUCAUCAUCAAAGACGCUAUUAAGCACUAUCAUAAAUUGGGAAUUUCAAUACGUGUACAAGUGGAUGAAAAUGACUGUCAUGUAGAUAAGAAGGGGGAUUGGUGGGAUGAAUGGAUAGAAGUACCAACGCUUUUGACACUAUCUUUUUACGGUGUAAUUCUUCUGAUUGUAACGUAUGCGACAAUCCAAGAUCUAUUAGGUGAUAGAAAUGGACAGGACGAGGGCAGAGGUGAAGAUGAUGAAAAACCACAAGAUGUCGUAACGGCUAAGAAAUCAGAUGGAUUCAUAAACGCGUUCUCCCUAACGCGCACUAUGAAGAAGCUGGUGGCCCCGGCGGGGUCCGACGAGAUUCCAUGUAUUCACGGAGUGAGGGCCGCCGCUACUAUCGCUCUUAUAGCAGCCCAUAAGUUCCUACCCGUUGCGCAUAUGCCGUACACUAACCGAGUUAAAAUUGCUGAGAUGGUGUCAUCCCCACUAUGGUCGUGGUACCGAGUGGGCUGGGUGUUCACGGACUGUUUUCUCCUACUGAGCGGGACUCUCACCGCGUACCGAACAUCCACUAAGACUAGCGCUUUUAAUAAAUUGGCCUCGAGGUACCUGAGGUUGACCCCAGCUCUAUUGGCUAUACUCUGGUUCUAUGCAUACAUUUGGGACCACAUUUCGAUGGGACCGCGAUGGGGAAGCCUCGUAACGAAGAAUGCGCAAAUAUGCCAAGACGGCUGGUGGUGGAAUAUGUUUUAUCUGCAGAAUUACUUCGGUCUCGAAAAUAUGUGUGCCCCACAAACACACCAGCUAGCGCUGGACAUGCAGCUGUCGUUCCUCGGCAGUGUUCUAGUGUGGGCGAUACAGGCAGAAGUGACGGGCGCGAGACUGGCCAUGCCUUGCAUACAUUUGUAUGCAGCUUACUCGAGAUACACCAUGUUCAAGGACCAUCGGCUCACUAUGAUCGCUUAUCAUGGAGUUAGCGUGAAACAGCUGUACCGCACCGGGCUAAUGAGCUACACGUCCAUCUUCCAUCGGAGCACUUCGUAUUUGAUCGGGAUCAGCUUGGGUUUGGCCCUCAGGAACCCCGCACGGCAUAAUAAGCUCAUCACCAUAAUCGGUUGGGUGAUCAGCACCAGCCUGUGGGGGGUCGUGCUAUGGGCGGGUUACGACAGUGGCUCCUUCACCUACCAGUAUAACGCGACCUUCGCGGCUCAGUAUGCGGCGCUCGUGCCGUUCGCGAGCGCGCUGGCCUUCGCGUGGCUGGUGUAUGCUGCACAUAAUGGGUAUAGCGAAACCCUGUCUAGUGUACUAUGCAGCCGACCGCUUCUUUUAAUCAGUCGAUUAUCUUACGCUCUCUAUUUAACCCAGUUUAUCGUAUUUCUGACAAACGCAGCUACGGUCAAGACAUCAAGGGAAUUUAAUCUUCUAACUGUAUUCGAGUUGCAAGAAAUCGUUGUGAUAUUUCUAUCAGCAAUCGUUCUCACCCUCACACUGGUUAUUCCGAUGCAAUCACUCCCCAAUGUGUUCUUCAAAGAAGGCAAACAAGAAGAUCAGGGGAAUUCAGAAACAGAUGCCAAUAAUGAAACAACUAACGAUGUAACACAUGAGAAGCCUCAAGUAGCAGAAGAGAGAAGAGAAGAACCAGCAAAAAGAAGGUCAUUAGUUGCUCAUAGAGAAUUGCUCGAAGAAAUACCCGAAGUUGAAGUCGAGUAUGAGAUACAAAGAGAAAGAAGUCUAGAAGAAAUUUUGGAAGAGGAGGAUGAUAAUUUAGAAGAGGAAGAUGACAGGAUGGAAGAUGAUUUAGAGAUCAUUGAAGAGGAGCAAGGUGAGGAAGAUUGGGAAGGAGAGGAGUUGGGUGGGACCGGAGAGGAGUUGAGAGGGAAUGAUCGAGAACUCGACGAGUGGGAGUGGGCGAACGGGAACCGAAGUGGUGCUCAAUAUUAUCGCUACAGCAGAUAGCUGAAAUGUGAAUAAAAUUCAUUAAAAUA